GUCACUCUUCCCCCAAGUCUUGUCCCUUUUCGUCUUCUUCUUCUUCGAUCUUCCCAUCCCCCACCGGUAUAAUUACAAAAUUUGUACAAUUCUGUAGAGAGAGAAUCGAAUUGAAAUAGUAGUAGUAGAAGCGUAUUAGAAUCGGAAGUAAAGGAAGGACGGAAGGAGUGAGUAGUAGCAGUAGUAGGUAGAAGUUAAAAGAGGGGAGGAGGAUGCAGCAGCGGAAGAGUCCGCCGAAGCAUCGGCACGAUGGCACUUCUCCUCUUCCUUUGGGAAUGGAUUGGAGCCCUCCCCCUAAAAAAUGGGCUGGGCGUGAAACUGUUUGGCCUCAUGAUCCUCACACGGGUUGGAGUUACUGUGUUACCAUUCCUUCCUGGGUUGUACGUCCAAAAUCAAGAGAUUCAGAUCCCAUAGUGUUUUACAGGGUUCUGAUUGGCGUGCAAUCUCCAGAAGGGGUUACAACGACACGAUAUGUAUUAAGAAGAUUUAAUGAUUUUUUGAAAUUUCUCUCUGCUCUUAAAACUGCUUUUCCUAGAAAGACUCUCCCAUCAGCACCAUCAAAGGGACUGUUACGAAUGAAAACAAGGGCUCUUUUGGAAGAGAGACGGCGUUCAUUGGAAGAAUGGAUGACAAAGUUGUUAUCAGAUAUUGAUAUAUCCAGAAGCUUUGUGGUGGCAUCAUUUCUAGAACUGGAAGCUGCUGCUAGAUCUUCAUUCCAAGAUGAAAACCAGCACUCUUCUGUAAAUCCUUCUGGAAGUAGCAGCACGAAUUCUUCAUCUCAUGUUCAUCCUAAUUCAAGCUUAUCUCUAUUAGCUGGUAGUUCAUCAAUAAUGUCUGACUAUGGUAGUGACACUGCAUAUGAGACAUCUGAAAUUGGAAGUGGAAGCCUCGGGCUGGAUAACAACUCUGAAAUUGGAACAGAAGAUCUGUCAUUAGAUGAAGAUUUGUCAAGUCCAAUUGAUAAGUUUAUGAAGUAUGGCAUGUCCAACAUUGAUGAGGGCCUGUUUAUGGGACAGGCUAUUCUAGAGCAACUUGAAGGUUUCCCCAGACAAAAGGUGCACGUGAAUCAAAAUGCUGUAGCUAAUGAUAUCAGAAAUGAAAAUGGUUUCCACGCUCGAAAAUCCUCAGCUGACAGUAUUGGAAGUGAAGUUAAUUCAAAGAAAGGCAGUCAGCCUCCAAAUUUAGCAUUUAGUGAUUCAUUAGGGAAUGGGUCUAUUCACCUUCCUGGAGGGGCUUCAGUCUCAGGAACAACUGAAGUUCUUGGAAACUCAGACUUGCAACUCCCGGAUGAUGUGCAUUUAGUUCUUCCUCAAGAUCAAGGCCAGAAAAUGAAUAGGGUACUGAUGACGAUGCAUCGGAGAUUGGUUGCUGCAAAGACUGACAUGGAGGAUCUUAUAUCAAGGUUAAAUCAGGAAAUAGCUGUGAAGGAGUAUCUGACAACCAAGGUCAAGGAUUUGGAAGUGGAGCUUGAGACUACUAAACAAAAAAGUAAAGAAAACAUUGAGCAGGCGAUUUUGAUUGAAAAAGAAAGAGUAACCCAAAUGCAGUGGGACAUGGAAGAACUUAGACGAAAAUCAAUGGAAAUGGAAUUAAAGUUGAAUUCUCAACAGAAUCAAAAAAUGGAUACAGAGGUGAAAGUCUCAAGCAGUAAUGAGAAAGAUAUACUUCAGGAGUUGGAUCUGAAAAGACAGCAACUUGAGGAUUUAUCGAAGCAACAUCAAGAGGUAGAAGUGAAGUCCAAAGCUGACAUCAAAGUUCUUGUUAAAGAGGUUAAAUCCCUCAGAAGUACCCAAGCAGAAAUUAAAAAGCAGCUUAAGGAAUCACUUCAAGAAAAAUCUGAGAUUGAGAUGCUCUUGCAAGAAGAAAAACAUAAAAAUGAGCCCAUGUAUGCUGCAUGGAAGAAUUUUUUGGAGAAAUGUGAGACUCUUUUCAAUCAACUCCAAGAGUGCAAGGUUGAUAUUUUGAAAGAAGAUGAAAAGAAUGACCUCAUGGAAUUUCCUUUGCCAACACCUGCAUUUGAUGACAUUGCAAAGUCUGAUGAUCAAAUCAAUGUUCUUCUUGCUGAGGUGCAGCACUUAUCACUGGCUGUUGAUGCCUUGGUGCCGACUGCUGAUAAAAAUAAACGUGCAGAUGAUGACAUGAUGAUAAGAAUAAAUGAACACUUGAGGACGAUGCUGGUAAAAUUUUUUGUUGAUAAUGGUAGAUUAAUAAAACAGGUAAACUAUGUUGCUCGUGCUCUGAGAAUGAAAAUGUCAGCUGACAGAAAUGAUUCUGAGGCUUGUCCAAACAACUGUGUAAAAAAUGAGGGUUUAGAUAGAUGAGAAUUCGGUUAUAUAUUGUAUAUCUUGUCAUAUAUGCCACACCUUUUAAGCAACCAUGAAUUACCUUUUUUUUUUUUUGGGUAAUUGAAUUUUGCUGUUCUCGGGUGGUUCUCCGAUGUAACAAUUAACCCUGUAAUUUUACAGAAAUAAAAGAUGAACUGGUCUUCUUCAGAAGGAUUAA